AUGGGAGGCGAUGAAACAAGUGCAUUUUUGGCGCUUUUGAGCGCAUUUCUUAGGACAAAUGACGGUGCAUUCGACGAUAUUAGUGAUAUUAUGGUUGGCAAAGUGGGGAGACAAAUGCUGAGGGUGUUGGUGUUGUGUGCAGAAAAAAUGUAUGAAAAGGGGGAGAAUUUCGAGGAGCUACAGGUUUUUUUUUUUGAGUUGAUAGAGCGCGGGUGGACAGCAGACGUUUUUCAGAGCAUCGAGAGAGAGGCAGACGAGGAAAAUACAGGGAAUACAGAGAACACAAAAAAUACAGAAAAAGCGGGAGAAAGGGCGGGAAACAGCACACAAAGUGCUAUAGGAAACAGAGAGACCGGUGUUGCAGAGUGCCAGCUGGUGUUUCUGAAAUUGGUCAACACAUAUCUGCGUUUCCAUGGAAACACGUGUUUGCCGACGAGUAUGGAUGAGUUUCUUGCACGGUUGCUAGGCGAGAUGUGUCUGCAGACGAUCGAUGUGCUGAAGAGACAUAUUCAGGCAGCGGAUGCACAGCGGGUGAUGGAUGGUGUAAAAAAUACAGCAAAGGCUGCCGAAAUACUGAUUUCGUGUGUUCUUUGUGUAUCCAUAGGCGAAGUAAAAGAAAUGCUUCUCAAGAACAACGUGGUGCAAAACUUAAUUGAGCUUCUGAGGGUUUUGGAUGUUGUAGGAGUAAAAAGUAGAAAAUGUAUAAAAGAGCCAGGAAAUGAAGAGAAUAGCCUUAAUAGAAUGAGAUUUCCGUAUUUCAAGAGAGAUAUUGUGCAGCUUCUGUCAAUGUUGUGUUAUAAAGAUAAGAGGGUGCAGGACAGGAUACGAGAGGUAAAUGGAGUGGGGUUGAUAGCGUCUCAGUGUAAUAUUGACGAGGAAAAUCCAUAUUUGAGAGAAUACGCGAUAUUUUGUCUGAGAAAUGUCCUUGAAAAUAAUGAGGAAAACAAACGCAUUUUGAGAGAACUGAAGCCUAUCAGGGUGGAGAAUAAUGAAAUAAUUACUGAACUGGGGUUGGAGUUUGAAAUAAGUGAGAGUCGUAUUCGACUUAAACAAUAA